AUGUCAUUGGGAUCUGAAAGUGAAGAUAUUGAUGUCUCUGAUACCAUCAUGUCUCAGGAGGAGGCAGUGAGGUUGGACAAAGCUUCAGCCUCACAACAAUGUCCUCACUACACACUCGAUCAAGGUUAUACUGCUGGAUGUCUUUUUAAGGCUAGCAGUAAAAGACUGAAUGUUUUACUCAAAAGAGAAAAAGAUAACGUUUAUGAACGAAGAAAUAUAAGACUUAGCCAUUUUUUAAAACCCAGCUCUCCAACCAAUAUGAGCUUCACAUGGAGAGAAGAUUCAGUUACAAUAACAUGUUUUGAUUCACCCAUUCCUGGUCUCCUCUAUGAAAUUCAACACAAAAGCAUCUUUGAUCAAAAUUGGCAGCCCAACACGAAUGAACUAUGUAAUGUUACAAUAAGCGGCUUGGAUUCUGAGAAGUGUUACUUCUUCCGGGCCAGAGUGAUAACAAAAAUGGCUAUUUAUGGCAGUAAGGCAUACCCUAGUACUUGGUCCCCUAUAACACAUUGGAGAAGGAGCAAAUUGGAAGAUUCAUGCACAGAGGCAGUCAAAAAACUUUCCCCCAAAUAUAUCUACAUAAUUACUAGUCUGGUUAUCCUCCUAAUGAUAUUUCUUCUUUUAUUUUUGAAAAAAUCAUCAAGAAUUAAGAAAUUAAUCAUGCCUGUUGUACCUGAUCCCAAAUAUUCUUUUCCUGGUCUAUUUGAUUUUCACAGGGGAAACUUUGAGGAGUGGAUCCAGGAUUCUGAAAACGUGACUAGCCCAACUAAAGUAGAACAUUUGGAGCAGGAGUGCGUUGUGGAGGAGGGGCUUAUUGAAGAAUUUGCUAAUAAAGAGACCAAAGACAAAGAGGGGAAAGCCUUUCAGGAAGAUCCACAAGUGACUGAAGAUAAUCUGAGCUCUACUCAAAUCUCUUGUGUCCUACCUCAAGGCAGUGACACUGUUUGUUUGGGUGAUCUUAAAUUUGUUAUGAGUGAUAAUAUGUAUGUUAUAUUAUGAAGCUGCAUGGUGCCCACAAAUAGGAGAUGGGGUCUGGGCCAAGAUCAACCUAGUAAGUUUCUGGAAUAGAUGGCAAUAAUGAUGAUAAUAGCUAACAUCUGUACAGUACUUUAAAGUUUACAAAACACUCUGCAAAUAAGGAAUCCCUUACUCACAACAACCUUUAGAGAGAAGGCUAUUAUUAUCCUUGUUUUACAUUUGGGAAACUGAUGCAGACAGUGAUUAAAUCACUUGUUCAGGUUCACACAAUUUAGUGUCUGAGUAUGGGUUCUAAUUCAGGAUAUCUUCCUGGAUUCUAGUCUGGCUCUCUAUCCACUAUACCAAGUAGUUGGCUAUGAACACAGAUGGAGAAAAAAGAUUAAUUCCAGGACCUCCCAUACUGACAAGUAUGUCAUGAAUUUAACAGCUCUUCAGUGAGAAAUCUUAGACUAAAUUGUAUUCAUUUUUGUUUUAAUUACAGCCUCUCUGUACAUGUAUAUACAGCAACUCAUCAUCCUUAAUGUCUAAACUUUACAACUCAUAAACGUAGGCACAUUUCAAUUUGAGUGCUUAUUAAGCCACAGCUUUAUUUUAUUUAGAAUACUUAGAAUAAUUAAUUUGAAAUGUUUAUCAUAUUUUUUUCCCUAAUUCUUCAUUUGUUCUGUGUAUGCUUUUCAUUUAACUUGCAAUGAGAGAAACACCAGUACAGAUGGUCAUAAAGAAACAUAUGUAAAAGGGUUUUCAAAUAUCUAGGAUGAGAUAGCAUAGUAUAGGAGAAAAAAACAUUGGGAAGAGAGUUAGACAAUAAAGUUCUAGUACUCUUUCUGAGACUAUUUUCAACUUUUCUUAGUUACAAAAUUCUGAGUCUGUACUAGAAAAUCUUUAAAUUUCCUUUGAGCUCUAAGUUAUAGAAACGUGGUGAAGUCACCUCCAGCUCCCAAAUGAGCUUGCAAUUUUAAAUGAUGAAGAGAUGCCUGAAUUGAUUUUGGUUAUAACACUGUGGACUACACAGAAAAAAAUAUGACAAAACAUGGCAAACUUCAAGAUCUUUAUUGGAAUAGGAUUUUUAAAACUUGACACAAUUGACUGAGUCAUUGUAUUGAAAUGCUAGACUGUUUUAGCAAAAAUUUAACAUUUCCUUGUGAAGAAAAACCCCUAAACAAAUCCCUUUUUGUAAGAACUCGUUGCAAUGUUUGUAAUAUGCUUUGCCUUAAAAAAUAUUCAGCACAA